CGAACUUCUUCAUGUAAUCGUACUAUUAGAUCCUCUUAAUUUUGAUGAUACUCUGUUAUCUGUGAAUGUAAUAAGUUCGAAAUUUUGCAUUGCAAUUUGUUCUUUCAUUAAAUUUCGAAAACGGCGAUUAUUAUCGCUUAUACAGAUUGUGAAAGAAGCCGGUGGUAAUAUCUAUAUCAGUUUAUCAGCUUUAAAAAGCAGUUUUUAUUGCUACGUUUGAAUGAUCAAUAUGGAUCAAGAAAGUAAACAACUUCUUUGUCACAUAUGUGGCAAAAGGUUAUCCAGUGUGUCUACAUUCAACCGCCAUAUAAAACAGGUGCACCUGCAAGAGCCACUUACAGGAAAGGACACGAAGAAUAUUAAAUGUCCACUUUGUGAGGAUAAACUUAAAUUAUCAUUUGGAAGCCAUGACCAGUUAGUGGAUCAUAUAGAAAAAAUUCAUUUUUUGACUAUUAUACGAUCAACUCUUUAUUUUGGAAACAAAGAGGAAUUUGAAGCUUGGAGAGCAGUUGACAAUAGAAAUAUAGAUUAUGCCUUUCAAAGAGGACAAAAGAUCAAAGAUGAUGAGUACAUAUACUAUAAUUGCAAUAGGAGUAAUACAAGAGGAUAUGACAGUAAAAGUAACCAAAGAUGUUCAAAAGCAGGAGGAAGCAUUAAAAUAUCAGGAUUAUGUCCAUCUAGAAUUUGUGCUAAAAUAACUAAUUCUGGAGUAACAGUGAACUAUAUUGAAACACAUGCUGGCCAUGAUGAUGAACUCCGAGCCAAACAUUUAUCGAAGGAUCAACAGGAAAUGCUCGCUGAAAAAUUAUGUGCUGGUGUUACAAAAGAGAGAAUACUUGAGGAUGCGAGAAUAUUAGAGGAAGGGAAGCUCACCAGAAUGAAUUUAUUAACAAGAGGGUAUCUUGCAUACAUUAUACGUAAAUUCAAUAUAAAUAAACAGCGUGAUACAGAUGACAUGACAGCAACAGCCCUGAAAGUUGGAGAAAUGAAUAGUCAAGAAGAAAAUACUGUUUUUUUGUUCAAACAGAUAGGCGAAAAUUACCCUGAGCUGAGAAACGAGGAUUUUGCUUUAGCCUUCAUGAAUAAAAUUAUGGAAAAAAAGCUAAGAAAAUACAGCAAAAUCAUUUGCAUUGACGGCACCCAUGGAACAAAUAUCAGGAAUUGGGAACUCACCACAGUUUUAGUCAAGGAUGAAAAUAAUAUGGGAUUCCCAGUAGCAUUCUUGAUAAGUAAUCGUAUGGAUCAAACGAUCCAGAAAAUAUUUUUCAGGUCAUUGAAAGCAAGACUUCAAGAGUCCCUAAGAUGCAAAUACAUUAUGACAGAUGAUGACAUAAAAUAUUUUAAUGCUUGGUGCGAAGCAAUGGAUGAUGUUGAAAAGCCAAGACGCUUACUCUGCACUUGGCAUGUCAUCAAAAACUGGAAUAUUCAAGGCAGGAAUAAAUUGAAGAAACCAGAUAAUAAGAAAGAAAUGAAAUUAAGAAUGAGAAAUAUCUUGAAAGAGACCAGUAUUUCAAAAUUUCUAGAAUUGAAAGAUGAAUAUUUUAAAUAUCUUGAAGAAGAAAAUGAACUGGAUUUCUUGAAAUACUUACAGAAUCAUUAUUUCCAGUGCAAUGAGAGAAUUAUGAUGUGGGCCCACUGCCACAGAAUAAAUGUAGGAAUAAAUACUAAUAUGGCUAUUGAGAGCCUGCAUAAAGUAAUUAAAUAUAAUAAAAUGAAGGGACAUCAAAAUUUACGAAUCGAGAAGUUAUUAGACUUAUUAGAAGACCUUGUUAAUGAAAAAAUGUGGAAAAGAGUCAUCGAAUCUGAAAGGCCAAAUGUUAAUUCCUACCAAUCGAGAGUUAAUAGAGAGGCUCACAUAAAGGCAGAAAAAGAAGUUCUGGAGAAAGUUGUCUGUCUAGAUUCUGGUGAGUUUAAGGUUUUCUCAAGUAAGGUGAGGGACCAAUUUUAUAUAGUUGAUUAUAAUGAAUUGUGUGAUGAUGAUUGUAGAACUAUUUACUGUGAUAAAUGUAGAAUCUGCAUUCAUAAAUACCAAUGUACUUGUCCAGAAUACACAGUAAAAACUGCAUUAUGUAAACACAUACAUGCAGUUGCUUUGAUCGAAAAGAGAAGCGAUUCUUUUCCAGGUCCAGGUAUUGCUGAAAAUUAUCCACCUAUUGAUGAACCAUCAACAAGUGGAGUACAGAAGAGGACAGAAAUCAAAGAAUUCCUAGAUGAGACAAUACAGAACCAAAAUACUGUUCUUACUCUAGAUCCAAGCAAAAAACGAGAGAUUGUAAUGAAGGAGAUUUUUAUGAAAUUGGAAUCAUUAGAUGAUGAAGAUUUUGAUAAUAUUGUGGAAAAUAUCAACAAGCAAUAUGACACACUACAAAAGAAUAAAGAUCAGAGAGGGAAAAAAAGGAAAAUUGAAAAACAAUUAUAUUACCCCACUAAAAAGUAGAAUCUCUGAACAUAUUGAAAAUCAUAGUUUUUCAGGAAAGUGGUGAUGGAGUGCUGUUUUGCUUUAGGAAAAUUUAUUAUUACUUUUCGCUUAUUUCUGUUGAAUUUAUGUAAUGUAUAUUUUAAGCCUUGUAGUUUUUUUAUAUGUCCUUGGUGGUGGGAGGUGAUGGGGCAAUAUUAAAUUUUUCCACUAACAAAGGGUUUUAUCAGUAGUUACAUUUAGAAUAUGUUGAGUCUUAUUUUUUUCGAACUGACAAGUUGCUACCUCUUGUAUGACUAUAUAUGUUGGGAAAAAAACAAAGAUAAUUGAUAUUUUUCUUUUAUUUUGUCCAAAUAGAAUGUCUGUUAUCCUAUUUCUGUAUUUUUUAUAUGCUGUUUAGGUGUGGAGGGAGAUGCAAUAGUAUUUCAAUUUUAAGCUCAAUAAAUUUCUUUAUCAGUAGUUGCUGUAUGCUUUGAUAGUUUUGAUUAUUUAAAAAUGCUAUAGGCUCCGUAACUUCCUAACAAUUAUAUUAUAAUUAUACUAAUAAGUGUCUAUUUUUUGAGAAUACAUCCUUUGUACUUUUCUUGCAGAAAUAAACUUGAAUUGAUUUUA